CGUUGCGCCGGUAUCUUUGCGAGCACCUCCUUUCGACGUUGCUUCUUCUGCCAUCAGUGCCGCCUGCUGUGGUUAGUGUAGAGAACCGUCCUCGCAGUCAUCCCAAGUCAACGGCGAUGCGUGGGAAUACACUCCUUGACAUCUAGAUAUUCUACAUUCUUUGAACAGCUGUAACUUUUUUCCUCUACGGCCACUGCCCCCUCCUACCAGAUAUUAUAGAAAUAUUGCAGUAAUAGCACAAUGGCGCCCCGCGACGCCAACUGGAUCGAUGGCCUGCGUGGCAUUGCCUCGUUCAUGGUCGUGUCGGGCCACUUGUGCACCGCUCUCGUGCCAUGGCUGCACUCGCCCGCCGCCGAUGCCAAAACCGCGCCACACCUCUUCCAGAUGCCCUUCUUCCGCCUCGUCGUCGGAGGCCGCAGCGCCGUGGCCAUCUUCUUCCUGGUGACAGGCUACGUAAACUCUAUUGGGCCCAUUGGCAAGUCGCGCGCUGGGAACCACGAUGUAGCAUUCACUGGCAUUGCGAAGAGCGCCCUUGCUCGUUCGGGACGCCUGGUCCUCCCCACCAUGCUCGCGACGUUUCUGACUUGGCUCCUCGCGAAUACGAACGCAUACCACAUGACAAAGCAUGUCGACUCGACGUGGAUUCGCCAGGGCUGGCAUCGCCAGGAGCCUACGCUGUGGCAGGCGUUCUUGUCGCUGAUCAGGGCCGAGACGCAGACAUGGACAGUGGGUUGGAACGAUUAUGACGGCACACAAUGGACGCUGCACUUGUUUCUGGAGGGCAGCAUGUUGGUGUACACAACCAUGUUUGCUACCGUGCUGGUGAAGCCGAAGGCACGCAUAAUAGUCUACGCUGCUUUGUACCUCUUCUUCUGGCAGCAAGGCGAGGGACUUGCAAUUGGCGCCCUAAAAGGCCUAAACAUCGUCAUGGGCAUGUUCGUCGCAGAGCUGCACAACCACUACAAAGACUCCGCCACCUCGAUCCUCCCCGCACCCGUCCCCGCAAUCAUGAUCCUGAUCGGCAUGUUCAUCGCGGGCUACCCACAAGACAGCCCACAGAACGCGCACUGGUCCCACGUGAUGCAGAAAUUCAUGCACAGCAUCACCGUCGAGAAGUCCGACGUGCGCCGCUACUGGGACCACAUCGGGGCCUCCACCGUCCUCCUCGGCAUCUUCUUCUCCCGCAACGCCCGCCGCGUCCUCACGUCCCCCGUCUUCAACUUCCUGGGCCGCGUCAGCUUCCCCGUCUACCUCAUGCACAACACUUUCAUCAAAUCCGUCCUGACGUGGAUGAUCUACCUCCCCUCGGCCAUGAACCCCCAGCGCAAUGCAAAGGGCGAGCCGAUGGAUCUUCAGCGCGGAUCGAGGACGCAUAUGGUGCUUGCUAUUAUCGCGUUUUAUUAUAUCUUGUACCGCUGUGCUGCGCUGUGGGUUAAGCAUGUUGACCCUAUUUGCGCGACUAUCGUCAAUACGGCGACGAAGUGGGCGUAUGGCGAGCCGCAGCAGAGAGAAGCUAGACCGAUCCUUGGGAAUCCGAGUACGGAUAAAUCGGUCUUGCCGUCGUGAUUUGCAGGCAUGUAUAUUUUUCGUUGCAUAUCGAGCGCUAUCUAUCUUCAAGAUCUAGGUUUCUGGAGCUGGAGACUCUGAUUCAAAAAUUAUGUAGAACGCAUUUUUAGUACUCUUACUUUUUUCCUCUCUUUCUGUUCAACAUUGUCAUUGUUGUUGCUGUGCGUGAAUUCUGGUCGCGGUUUUGAAGGUGCCCUUUUAUACCACUGGUUUUGCAUUGGAGUGGAGCGUGGAGUUUUCGUCGGCUUUGCGCGUCUGCAUACAUGUAUACGUGCAUGUGGGGACGUUGGGUAUUUGAUUGUCUUGUUAGUUGUAUUGCAUGGAUGCAUUGACUUGUGGAUUCGGCAUAUAGGAUGGAGAAAAUGAACAGCAUUGUAGACGUUCGAUAGAAGACAAGAGAAGACAUAGGGAAAAACACCAGAUUCAUUACCAUCCACUCACUCGCUC